AAUUACCCUCCCCACAAUCCUUCCAUUUUUCUUCAGGAGCCAACCUCUUUCACCAUUCCUCUAAAAUCUUAAAUUUGAAACAACAAACUCUGCCUAGCAUUAAUUGCCCCACACCAACAAAAUUUAAGAAACUUCUAUUCAUACUAACAACCAAACCAUCAAACCCCAACAACAAUAAAACUCCACAUAAAGAAAAAAGGUCACAUAAUAUUUUUACCCAUUCAAACUUCAAUACUUCUCUUACUUCAAAAAAUAUGAAGCUCCCUUCUCUCUUCAAAAUCCAAGAAAGUUCUUCUUUUUCUCCAUUGCCACCUUGUGGAAACCUCAAAACUCUCUCUUUUGGAGUUGAAAAUAAUCACAACAUUUUCAGUUCUGAAUCUCUUUACAACAAGGUUGAUGAUUACAUAGUAGAGGCAGUUAUUGAAGGCCUAAAAACAGACAAACAAAGGCUUUUUUUCAAGCCAGGGGAAAAAACUAGUUCAAUUCUUGAAGUGUCAUCGUCAACAAAGAGUAAUAGUAAUAGUAACGGGCUCGAGUUUCUACCAUUUAAUGACUCAUGUGUUAUAACGACGAUGGAUUCGAUGAACCCUUUUGAGGAUUUCAAGAGAUCAAUGGAAGAGAUGGUAGAAGCAUAUCAAGAGAUUAAAGAUUGUGAGAAGUGUCUUGAAGAGUUACUAAGUUGGUAUUUGAAGGUUAAUGGGAAAAGCAAUCAUCAUUAUAUUAUUGGUGCAUUUUUUGACUUGUUGAUUAGUUAUUCUACUACUUCUUCAUCUUCAUCAACAAAUGCUACUACUACAACUUAUAGUCAUUCUUUCACAAAUUCUCCAUUCUCAUUUUGUUCUUCUAGUUUUUCUGCUAGUCCUCCUUGUUUGUCUUUGUUAGAAGCUGAGGAUGAUGAGAUUGUUGAGAAAACUGUUGAUGGUGUUUCACCUUCAGAUGUUUGAAAAUAAAAAAAUGUAUUAGAAAUGAAAUAUUAGUGGUCUA